AUGUCUCUCUCUUCCUUCAGUUUCAGAAGACAUGUUUGAUCUCUGCAACUACAUGGAUGUAACUUGCUAGUGGCAAAACUACAGCAUCUUUUUGCAUUUUUGGCCCAUACCCAGAGAGAGGCGGCAUAUGCUCCUAGAAUUUUCUUUGAGGCUUCCCAACCACCAUGGUUCAGCCCUCGAUCCCAGCAGGAUUGCUCAGAAUAUCUCAAAUUCCUGCUAGACAGGCUGCGUGAAGAAGAGAAAACCUCGGAAACUUUGUCUUCAGCAAAGACUUCUGAAAGUAAACCCAAUGCAAAGUCCCAGAAACAAGAAGCUGUCAAUAAGGCAAAAGUAUUUGCUGCAGCAUCUGGUAAGGGAAGUGAAGAAAGAACUCUGAUCGAGAAGAUGUUUGGAGGAAAAGUGAAGACUACUGUACGCUGUCUGAAGUGCAAAAGCGUGUCUCAAAAGGAAGAAGCUUUCACAGAUCUCUCUCUGGCUUUCUGUCCGGAAUGUACUGAAGGGAAAGGCGACAACGUGGUGCAAACUCAGACCUCACCGAUGAGUCCUGCUGGGAAAAAACCUCUCAAGUUGGAAGCAAAUGGUGGAUGUGACCCAAGAACAAAGAAAGGAACCACAAAGGAUUUUUCUGCUGAGCCAAAGUCUGAGAAGACUACAAAUUCUGAACGCAACAAAGGUCAAGCUAAGAAGAAAAUGCCUCAGAGGGUAGUAGGUGAAAACCCUCUGUCAGUUACAGAUUUACUGCAUUAUUUUCUGGCGCCUGAGAUCCUCAGUGGUGACAACAAGUAUUACUGUGAAAAGUGUGCCUCUCUACAGAAUGCUGAGAAAACUAUGCAAAUCAUUGAGGAACCUGAAUACCUCAUUCUCACUCUUUUGAGAUUUUCCUAUGAUCCAAAGUGUCACGUAAGGCGCAAAGUCUUAGCUAAUGUGUCUCUGCCACUUGGUUUGAAACUACCAGUCCAAAGAGUAGCAUCGUCUCCAGGUGUAGUUUCAAGAGGUUGGUCUGUUGGUGUCGAGGUGUCUGAUAUUGGAGAAAAUAUUGCUAAAAAACUAAAGCCCUCAGGUGCUGAUGAAGUGACUCGCCCACGAUUGGAGCCCUGUUUGUUAAGCUCCGUGGUGAUGCAUUCUGGUGUAUCCUCUGGAAGUGGACAUUACUCUUCAUAUGCUAGAAAUGUUCCUGGGUCAGGGCCUUCAGGACCCUGCCAGCAGUCUACAGGUGAUUCUUUAGUUUCUCCUCGGGCUAAGUUGUUGACAGGGGAGAGUCGUCCUACUGUUGUAGAAAGUGACACUGGUAAGUCAAGAGAAUGGUUUCUGUUCAAUGACAGCAGAGUGACAUUUCCCUCAUUUCAGUCAGUCCAGAAAAUGACCAGUAGAUUUCCAAAGGACACUGCUUAUGUUCUGUCCUACAAAAAACGAAAUAGCACCCGUGGCUUCAAUUCGGCAAACGGAGACCCUCCCCUCCAGAAAGACCUCGUGGAUGCAAUUAUGAAAGAUAACAAACGAUACUUGCGGGGUGACCUAGCAGAGAUGUACCCUGCGCUGAAGAGUGUCCCGCGGGAAGGUGACAGACGAUUACAGGGCAACGCUGUGACCUGCCUGACAGCAAAGGUGCCCAGUGGCCGCAGAGCAGCCCAGGGUGUGAAGGUGGGUGCCGGUCUUGUCCUGUUGGCUCUGUCCCACUCCCACUUCAAAGUUGUGAUGUCUGAGAUCCGGGGCCACCUGAAGGCUCUGGCAGAGAUCUCCAGGGAGUUUGUGUUCCAUGUUUUGAUAUCUUGGGGCUACAAAGUGCUAGGGUUCUGGGAUGCUAAGGCUACAGUUGGCUAG